AUGAUCAGCGCGGUCAGCGAGAUGCGCGAGGAGCCACAGGUGGAAGGCGAGGGGGCGCAUGCGCUGGAGGGCGACUUCGCGGAUGCAGGGAAGGGGCGCUUGGAGAAGAUCGCAGGAGACGGCAAUGAUGCCGCAGAGGUAAUCUCGAUCACGGACGCGACGUGCAAGAUCUCGACGGGGAAGUGGGUGUACGGGCACGAGAACUCCGUGGCUACGACCCCCUCACUCCCGCACCUGAAGGCGGUGCUGGUCAAUGCGGAGUUGCGCAACUUCGUGGUGGCGUUUGGCGGUUGCAGUGGAGCUUUCCACCAGGACCGAAGGCUUGAUGGGGGCCACGGUGCAAACACCGUGGAGGAGCUUGAGAUGGUCAGGGGCCACUACGACGGGUGCCUCUUCAUGAAGCUGAGCAACAUGAUGAUGGCAGGGAGGCGCGCCGACGACUUCCGAAACACGGGACCGAGCGACGAAGCCGACAUGUUGCUAUGGGAGAGACUGGCGUUAUCUGACGUAGUAAAGCUCACCCAGAACGGAGACCAGGCGACGUUCAUGAGCAUGCAGGUGGAGAAGGUCGAGGGUGGCUACACGACCAGCGGCAAGACGAGCUUGAUCGACGACAUCCUGAAGGAGUUGGGCCUGGAGACGGCGAAGCCAUCAACGCUGCCCAAGACCACGAGCGAGAUGCACGCGAAGGGCGACGAGGUGAAGCUAGACGCGGUGGGACCGACGGGGAUGGACCUGAGGAGACUGAAGAAGAUGGCCCUGUACCUUGCAGGCACUCGAGACUACAGGAUGCAGUUGAUUCCGGACAAAGGACGCCAGGGUUGCGUGGCACUGCGUUCGGCGGAGAGCGAGCUAUACGCGCUGGGGUCGGGGGCAGCGGAGGCCCUCGGACUGGCGUCGCUACUCGAUGAGUGGAAGGAGAAGGCGAUGCCGCUCGUGAUGGGCGACAGAAUCCGCGCGCUACACAUCGUGAGGAAGCGCGGGCCAGGAAUGAAAAAAUACGUGGGGAUGCGCUUCCUGGCGCCGCAGCAGCGGCGCGAACGAGGACGAUUGAGUUCCGGCAAAGCAUGCGCCCACGAGAACCCGAGCGACGUGAUGACGAAGCCGAUGACCAGGGAGAAGCUGGAAAUUCUCGGAGGCGGCUG